AUGAGUUCGUUGACAAUCAAUGACAAAGGCGAGCCGCAGCUGUCUCGGUCGUACACCCUCAAUUUCAUCGGCGACUGGGGUCAGGCCAACUUCCACCGCAUAUGCGGAUGGCUCACUCAAGAGUUCUGCAAUAGAGCUGGUCCUGAGAGUAGGGUGGCUACUUGGAGCAUCAGAGGUGGUGGCAUUGAAGCACUCCCUUUGGUCCAUGAAGGCGAAGCCCAAUUGGCCAUCACAACACCAGCGGCAUUUAUGAAGAAAGCUCUGACUGGGGAGGCAAUAUUUCAAUCGUCCAUGCCACAUCUACGAGCCUUAGCAGUCUUACCUCAAAACGAUAAGCUUGUUCUAGCAAUCGAUCCUAAGUUCGGUAUCAGGUCAUUCGAGCAGCUACGGGCAUCCAAACUAGCGCUGCGAAUCGCUGCAUCCACUGACGACGGCACUAAUUUCAUUGGGUAUGUGACUAGUAAGUUUAUGGAGGCACAUGGCAUCUCAAAAGCUGAAUUGGAGUCUUGGGGCGGUAAAUAUGUGACUUUUCAGCGACCAGACUCUUGCUUGGAGCUUGUCGACCGAGGAGAGGUAGAUGCAGUCGUACAGGAAGCUAUAAUGACCCCUUGGUGGUCAAAAGUUGUGGAAACGAACAAGGUCCAGCCGCUUCCAGCGGAGCCAGCAGCCUUGGGAAAACUUGAACAGCAAUUAGGGUUAGGAAUGAAUCCUUUGCUCAAGGGGUUUUGGAGCAAUCUUGAGACAGACCUUCCAGCGCUGGACUUCUCAGACUUCGUCAUCGUGGUUCGAGAUGACUUACCGGAUGAGGUUGCAUAUUUGCUCACCUGGUGCUUGGUUGAGACUCGGAACCGGAUUGAGGCACAGUACAAGCAUAUCCCACCAGAGAAGAGCCCCUUGAACUACCCACUCGACCCAAAGAAGAUGGCGAAGACUUCACUUCCAUUACAUCGAGGCGCGGAACAGUAUUACGUCAAGCAUGGUCAUCUAUAG